ACCCAGAGCAAAUCUGUAGGAGAUAAAGAUACAGAAGAAGACUUCUACGGGGAUCGUGAAGACACAGUGAUGAUAAGGAGGAGGAGGAGGAGGAGUAGCAGUGGGCAGUUAGGAGGAGGAGAAGGAGGAGGAAGAGGGAAUCCAUGUGGGAAGGAGCAGCCCGUGGCUCCGCUACAGUGAGACACAAAGACCGGAGGAGAGGACGAGGAGCCUCAUUUCUGUCCGGAGAUGAAAAAGUCUUUAAUCACACACUGAGCUGUGGGACUUCAUUCGGUGCCAGCAUGUAUUUUGGUAAUGUGUGCCACAGUCCCCUGCCGUCGCUGGCUCGUCCCACGCUGGGCAGGACCCAGCCGUCCCCCGACCCCAAGGCCCUCCUCCCCUUCCAUCUGCUGCCUGGAUUCACCGACCAGAUGGAUCAUCUCCACAAAGCUCUGAUUAGCCCAUGCUUCGGGUUAACUUCACCCCUGAAGAGGAAGCCCGGCUCCUGCGGCGUUUGCCGAGUGAGAUUCAACUCUGAGGCUCAGGCGUCCUCUCACUACAGCGGCACGAGGCACGCGAAAAGACUCAAAGCUCUGGACGCCCCAGAUUCAAAGAUCAAGACCUUCGAACCGGUCACCAAGGAAACCACAUCACAAAUCCUCUCGUCAUCCUGCUCACAGCCCUCUGGCUCUGACACAACAUCAGAAGACCCCUCGGCCCCAAACUCUGCUUCAGACACAACAUCGUUAAGUAGCGGUCUCGCUGAAACAACAAAAGAACCCACCAACCACUCCCUGCCAGCCAGUCCGAGUACAGCUGAGAAAGAUGGCGAAGCCGAGACUCCAGAUCAAGAGACAGAGGAAGAAAAAGCGAAACGACUUCUCUACUGCUCCCUCUGCAAGGUGGCUGUGAACUCUGCCUCUCAGCUCCAGGCUCACAACAGCGGUACUAAGCACAAAACGAUGCUUGAGGCCCGAAGCGGCGAUGGAGCCAUUAAGUCUUUUCCCAGGAUAGGGGUCAAAUCUAAGAUGGCCGCUCCGUCUGAGCCGUCAACUGGACUCCAAAACAAAACUUUUCAUUGUGAGAUCUGUGACGUGCAUGUCAACUCUGAGACUCAGCUCAAACAGCACAUCAGCAGCAGAAGACACAAGGACAGAGCAGCAGGUAAACCAGCCAAACCAAAGUUCAGCCCCUACGCUCCCACUCAGCGACUCCAAAGUCUCCAGGCAAUAAGACUUACUCUGCGAAAAAACCAAGACUUGACCAAACCUCUCGCCUCCUGUGUCCUACAUCGUCAAUUAUCCGUUGCCGCUGCUGCUCUACCACCGCUGGCACCCUUCUCCUUCCAAACCGCAACAAACUCAAGUCACGCCCUGUUUCAUGGUCAACCUCUCCCCCAGGCUCUGCUUCAUCCAGCCACUGGACCCAUCUGUUCGCCUCACACAUCAGUUCUGUUUUCCCCCUUCUGACCACAUCGGUAUCUCAGCCAGCUUUGAGACACCGAACGAAGUCCCUCGAUCCUAACCAGAUCUGCCAGAAGACAGCACUCCCUGUUCUCAGCAAACCAACGGUGUGUCUAGAACCACAGAGGAAUGGUUGCAGACACAAGAAAAAACAAAAAACAUGUCAUGACUCGAGGAGAUUAAAAAAAAAGUGAAACAGUAAAAAAUGAGGUAAUUUUAGAGAUGCUGUGGUGUUUGAAUUUGUGCAGGUGCUAAUGAAGCUGUCGCAGGUUUGCAGUAUGUGGAACAGGAUGCAUUAUGGCAUACUUGUUGAAUGACAAACAUUUUAACAGCUGGGUAUUUUGCAGCUAUACAAAUACAGUAUAGCUGUAUACUGUAUUUGUAUAGCCCAAACGUUUGCAGGCGCCCUGUAAACGUUUGGGCGCCUGAGUCACAAUUAAUGUCAUUAAUGUAAAGACAUUUUUAUUUUUUGUUUGACUUUUUUUAACCACUUUUCCAUUUAAACUAACAAAACAAAAAUACUGAAGUAUUCGCUCUCUGCAUGGUGACAACUUGCACUUUGGUGAGCAUUACAACUAUUAAACACUGGCAAAAAGCUAUGUUUUUGUAUGUUCUUCAUUAUUUCAGUUUUAACCAUUUUGAAGCAAGAAAAUGACUCCCAGAAACGCCUUGCUACAACUGACAUUCACAUGCAGUUAUUCAAAUUUCUUGUUCAAGUUAAGGAGUAGCUGCUAUUACAGGCUUGUAGAUAGUGGUUUUUAAGAAAAAUCUUCUAAAUUUGCAUUCACUGGCUAUUCUUUAAUCUUAUAGCCAAGAAAUUUGUAACAUUACUUAACAGAAGUAAUGUUACAUUAACAUUACUUUAAUGUUAAAGUAACAUUAAAGAACUUUAACAUUAAAGUUUCUCAGCUCAAUUAGACUCCAUUUAGUUGUUAGGGUUACAAAAAUCAAAAAUAUCCUUUAAAAUACAGUGCUAUCCUAUGAUUGCUGCAACAAAUGUAUUUAGACAAGGAACACUCUUUGUUUCAUAGCUUCAAGCAAAUCUGUUUAUAGAUGGUAUAGUUACAGGUAGAACUAAUGCAUUACAUGAAAACCCUCAUCAAAGAUGAAAAAAAUCGCUUAAGUCUGAGGAAACAAAUCUUUGCUGGACAAAAAAAUGCACAAUACUUUAACAGUUUAUCAGUUAAAGCUGUUUAAUUUCUUAAAAGAAUAAAAUUACAAAACACCCCUUGAUGAAUAUCUGUUUUUGAAAUCUAUAUAUUGAUAUAUUCAUUCAACAAACUUAUUGUCUUCGUUCUUUCUUUCAGUUUUCGGAAGUUGGCAUCCAUGGUGAGGAGUUUAUUGCCAUUAGGAAGCCAAAACGUUUCCAUGGCGCUCCUUCUCUUCUUCCCAAAUAUGACUCGCCAACAUUGAUGAAAAAUUUAUUAAAAGUUGCAGUUGCAGACUUAACUCUUCUUCCGCUUGCAUGGGAGGAAAUGUUAACUGUGGUUGCCCAAAUCUUUGCAUGCCACUGUAAGCAUAAUACCACUCAGAGUACUGUUUCUUUUUUGUUUGUUGUUUUUUUAAACAGGUGCUGUGGAUUACAUUUAGGAGUGAUUGCAGAUGGUUUCUAUUUUGCCUUACUUUAGGCAAAAAGCAUUUUCAUUGAUUAAAGUGACUUUAGAACAAAUCAAAUGCUCCAAUAUGCCCCAUUCACUGAAAAUUACAAAAACAAAAUUGUAUCAG